CGUCUCACAUCAGGCACAUUACUGAACCUCCCUGCAAACAUUUCCUUUGGAAACGGACGAUUCUCUCCCCUUCAGCUCAGAAUUUUGUUUUAUAGAUAUACUUAGUUAUGAUUUUUUUCAGUGAUUUAUACUAGCAUUUCUAAUCCUAUAAUGGAACUAUAAUACUUUCUGUUUUUUGUGCUGUUUGUUUGAUAAUCAUUAUCUUACAAAGAGAAGUUCACAGUUACAUGGAGCAAAACAUACAAGAAAUUAUUGAGCGAAUGAGGGACUGCUGCAGUUAAGUGCUAAGCCUUCCGAAUCUCUGAAAUCACAGGUCUCCAUCUUGCAGAAACGUGAUUAUCAAGAAGGUUUUCUGAACUAAUCUACUAAAAGAUGACAGCUGAAAAACAAAUAAUAUUAGUAUUUGUUCUGCAAUUCUUGUGCUAUGUGGAAUCACAGGUUAACCCAGCUGUUUGCCGUUACCCUUUGGGUAUGACUGGAAGACAAAUUCCAGAUGAAGAUAUCACUGCAUCCAGUCAGUGGUCAGAAUCGACUGCAGCAAAAUAUGGGAGGCUGGAUUUAGAAGAAGGAGAUGGAGCUUGGUGUCCAGAAAUGCCAGUGGACCCUGAAGAACUAACUGAAUUUCUCCAAAUUGAUUUGCGAGUCCUCCAUUUCAUAACACUGGUUGGCACUCAAGGUAGACAUGCUGGAGGACAUGGGAAUGAGUUUGCCCAAAUGUUUAAAAUAAACUACAGUAGAGAUGGCACUCGUUGGAUCUCCUGGAGAAAUCGACAUGGAAGUCAGGUUCUUGAAGGAAAUAUCAACCCUUAUGACAUAGUGUUAAAGGACCUUGAACCUCCUAUAAUUGCCAGGUUUUUACGUUUCAUCCCAGUGACUGACCAUUCCAUGAAUGUGUGCUUACGCGUGGAGCUGUAUGGAUGUGUUUGGCUGGAUGGAUUGGUGUCUUACAAUUCUCCCUCUGGCCAACAAUUUCUUUUACCUGAGGGACAGAUUGUUAACCUCAAUGAUACCAUUUAUGAUGGAGCAGUUGGCUACAGCAUGACUGAAGGACUCGGCCAACUGACUGAUGGAGUAUCUGGGCUGGAUGAUUUCACUCUGACUCAUGAGUACCACAUGUGGCCUGGAUAUGAUUAUGUUGGUUGGAGCAAUGAAACUCUCCCUAAUGGAUAUGUGGAAAUCAUGUUUGAAUUUGACCGAAUAAGAAACUUCACAACAAUGAAGGUUCACUGCAAUAACAUGUUCUCAAAGGGUGUGAAGAUCUUUAAGGAAGUCCAGUGUUUCUUUAGAUCGGAAGCAAAUGAAUGGGAAGCAAAUUCUGUCAUUUCAGUCUUGAUAAUGGAUGAUGCUAAUCCCAGUGCCCGUUAUGUCACUGUGCAACUUCAUAAUCGAAUGGCCAGAGCUAUCAAGUGCCAAUACUAUUUUGCAGAUUCUUGGAUGAUGUUUAGUGAGAUCACCUUCCAGUCUGAUGCUGCCAUGUACAACAACUCAUUAAGUCCUCCACGGCCGGCUAGUGUUCCAACUACAUAUGAUCCCACUCUUAAAAUAGAUGACAGCAACACACGCCUUCUGAUUGGUUGUUUAGUUGCCAUCAUCUUUAUACUAGUGGCGAUUAUUGUGAUUAUACUGUGGCGACAGUUUUGGCAGAAGAUGCUAGAGAAGGCAUCCAGAAGGAUGUUGGACGAGGAACUGACUGUCAGCCUCUCAAUCCCCAGUGAUUCAAACACAUACAAUACAAAUCAAAGGCAUGAAUCUAUGUCAGCUAGUGAACAUGAUUUCAACUCCACCUAUGACAGGAUAUUUCCUCUUGGGCCAGACUAUCAGGAACUGACAGCACAAGCAGUAAAACUGCCACCCUUUUCCCCUGAUGAAGAUGAGCAGGGAUGCUCUGCUGGAAAACUAGCUCUUCCUACAAACGCUGAUGGUGUUCCUCACUAUGCUGAGGCUGAUAUUGUGAAUUUGCAAGGAGUCACUGGUGGUAACACCUACUCUGUUCCAGCAAUCACUAUGGAUCUUCUAUCUGGCAAAGAGGUGGCAGUGGAAGAAUUUCCAAGAAAGCAUUUAACUUUCAAAGAGAAACUUGGGGAAGGUCAGUUUGGAGAGGUUCAUCUCUGUGAAGCAGAGGGGGUAGAAGCCUUCCUAGACAAUGAUUUGAUUUUGUCUACUAGUAUCUGUCAGCCCACUCUUGUGGCUGUGAAAAUGCUCAGAGCAGAUGCCAACAAGAAUGCAAGAAAUGAUUUUCUAAAGGAGAUAAAGAUAAUGUCCAGGUUAAAGGAUCCUAAUAUUAUUCGCCUGUUGGCAGUGUGUAUUACAGAGGACCCACUGUGCAUGAUAACAGAGUAUAUGGAAAAUGGUGAUCUUAACCAGUUUCUUUCACGAAAACAAGCAGAAAAAGAGCCCCUCAGUUCUGCCGAGAGUGAUGCCUGGAUAAAUUUCUCAGACCUCAGAUAUAUGGCUGCACAGAUCGCUUCUGGAAUGAAAUACCUAUCAUCUCUUAAUUUUGUGCAUCGAGACCUUGCAACACGGAACUGCCUUGUUGGUAGAAAUCAUAAAAUCAAAAUUGCUGAUUUUGGCAUGAGCCGAAAUCUAUACAGUGGAGAUUACUACAGAAUACAGGGUCGGGCUGUGCUUCCUAUUAGAUGGAUGUCUUGGGAAAGUAUUUUAAUGGGCAAAUUCACAACUGCCAGUGAUGUCUGGGCAUUUGCAGUCACCUUAUGGGAGAUGUUGACUUUCUGUCAAGAGCAACCAUAUAGCGAGAUGUCUGAUGAGCAAGUGAUUGAGAACACUGGAGAGUUUUUUCGAGAUCAAGGGAAACAGGUAUACCUUCCUCAGCCACAGAUUUGCCCUAAUAAGGUUUAUAAGCUCAUGUUGAGCUGUUGGCGAAGAGAAACCAAAGACCGACCCAGCUUUCAAGAAAUUUACCAACUUUUGCAGCCAGACUUUGAUCUAGAGGACUGAUUGUUACAGUUAUUAAAGUGAAAAUCUGGUGAAUCUGUAAGAAAUAUGCUUGAGAAUACACAACAUCAACAUUUUACCAAAAUCUUGAAUGCUUGUGGAUUUACAAUUGACCACAU